UCCAUAAUCACCCUGCUGUUCACCAGAUCACAUCUGGACAGAGGCAGAAACGAAGAGGUGUUUAGCUGCCUCCGUAUUAGACAUACUAGUAAUCUGUUCUCCCGUGCUGUCUUGUCACAAGUCUCUUGUCCGGAACGGCGAAAAAUGUAAAUACUACGACUGUGUAAUUAUAUAGCCUACGUCUGUUAAAUGUCGGGAUGUAAUUUCGUUUUUUUAAAUUUUUUUAUAUAUAUAUACUAUCAGGCACUCAGGGCGUAUACUGCGGGCUUCAAAACAAUUCGGUCUUUAUGCCAGAAUCAUAGUUUCUAAUGCGUUCAAACCGUGGUUAAAUCCUGUCCUAGUUUGCGCUGUUCCUGAAGGGGUCUGUUAGAGAAAGAUGAGUAGAGUUCCGGACGCGCUGCGAGCAGGCAGCAGCGCGUAACCAAGCCCUGUGCUGAAGUUAAAGAGCAACCGCAACUGGGUGCUUUGUGUGUGCCACAUAGAGAUAAGAAGCAUGGCAGGAAAUGAAAUGAGCCACAAGACAUCCACUGAGAUUGAAGACCCAGCUCUGCAGACUGAGCAGCAUGAGUCUGGUAGAAGUGGCAUUGUCAUCCAGCUAACAGGCACGAAGGGUGAAUGGGACAGUCUCGAUGACGGUGAUCUUUCAGUCACACUUGACAGGAGUAAGCAGAAAUUCCUCAAGCCUAAACCAUCCUCCAAUGACAUGCAGUUAGAUAAAGACAAUGAGUGGGCUCUCCACUCUCCAAUGUUCCACGUUCCCCUGUCCCCAUCUUCACCAGGCUCCCUUGGAGACUGCUCAUCCUCCAGUCUGGGUUUCCUCUCCCCUUCCCACCAGCCUCUGGCUUGCCUGGUGAAGUCUCUGUCCACAGAGCUGGAGCUGAAAGACGCUUCAACACACAAGACCAGACCUUUCAUCAGUUUGGUGAAGUCCAUUUCCACUGAGCUUUCUCGCAGCAGUCCUGAGGUGUCCCAAUCCAAGUCAGACUCUAAGCUCAGCCUGCACCUGUGGACCCAGCUCACACAGUCUAAAGGCCAUAAUGGAGACUCUCGCACUGCCCCACCAUCUCCCGUUGACCUUUCCCCAACUGAGGCCAAAACAGGCUUUUUUAAAGUUGAGCUAGAAGACACUCGUCGGAAGCUUACUGAGGCCAUACAUGAGCCUUUCAGUGUGUUCAAUAAGAUCAUGCGUGAGGACAGCACGGGCAGGCUUAAGCACCAAAAGAGCACAGGUUCCAUUGAUUCUUUCUGUUCUAAAGAAGUUGGAAGAUUAUGUGGUGAGCUCUCAGUGACUGAGAGUCUUAUGAGGAGCUGUAAGAAAGUAGAAUGUGAGGGACUGGCCAUGUCUAAUCAGCCUGUGAGACCCUAUAGGAAAUGUAUUCACUGCAGAUCCUGCCAUUCCCACAGUCACCUCGCCAAAUUGGAGGGUGAAGAGCCCAUUGAGAUCUGCACACAUGAAGAUACUUUACAAAAUAUAAAUGUAAAUAUAAGUGAUCUGGCAGCCGAGCACACAUCAGAGCAGCCCUGUUCUCCAGUCCCUGGGAUGGAUAGGUUUAAUGAGAGCACAUGUGACUGGAUUCAGGGUGAGCACAAAAAGAACACUCUUAAGGGCUGGAUUAAUGAGAUGUAUGAAUAUGAUCCAGAAACAUUCCACCCCUCUCUUAUGCACUCUGUAUAUGCGACAUUGGAGGGGUCAAGUCUUCACCUGGACUAUCCCCGCAGCAACAUACCCCCGUGGGCCACCUUCAAUGAGCCAUUUUAUGAUCAAAGCUUCAUCCACUCUCGUAGGUUUCACCUGGAUGGCAGCAAGGUGUUCCUGUUGCCCCCAACCCUGGCACGGAAAAGAGUGUGGAACAGGAAGUAUCCUAUAUGCAUCACUGUUGCAAGGGCAAAGGAACUAACAGCGGAGGUUGCGGAUCAGCAGCACCCACAUUUAAAUGAGAAAUCAGCAUCUAAAACCAAUCACAACACCAUACUCUACCUCUUUGCCAGAACAGGAAGGGAGAAAGAAGAGUGGUUCCAUCACUUUUGUGCAGCAUCCAUGUACAGAAAUGAGGGCCAGUAUGAAUCUGAUAUGUCUGUAUUGCAAGAGGAUAAAUCCUGGAGUUCAAUGCAGGUCAAUAGCAGCAUUGAGAAUAUCUCAUCUGUGUCUACGUAUGACUACACCACCUACAUGACUGAUGUUAUCUCUUCAGGCCAGGGCAGCUUUUCACCAUGCUUCUGCCAUAACAACAAACAAAGCAGUCCUACUGAAAAAGAUCAGAACGUAUGUCAUCAUGGAGAUUUAAUGCAGCCUGUCUGGAUUAAUGCCUUGAUUGGUCGUAUCUUCUGGGAUUUCCUCUGUGAGAAGUACUGGUCUGAUCAAAUAGCUCAGAAGAUUCAGCACAAGCUGAGCAAAAUAAGAUUGCCUUACUUCAUGGAUGAAUUGACUGUAACUGAACUUUCCAUGGGUUCCUGCAUGCCCCAGAUCACAGGCUUGUUCCAGCCGCAGGUCAAUGCCAGAGGUCUGUGGCUCCAGCUGAAUAUUGAGUACACAGGAGCCCUGCAGAUGACAUUAGAGACAAAGAUUAACCUGUCAAAACUGGGUAAGGAAGAAGCACUGAAAGCAGUCAAAGAGGUGCAGACCUACCAUGUAAGAAGUACCAGGUCCAAACUUGCUGUACUGGCUGAUAGUGAUGAGGAAUCCUCGAGUGCAGGUUCAUCUGAUGAAGAGGACGUUCCAUCCACUGAGCCUCAGGAAACUCAGGGAGUUUCUGGUGCUGAGAGUGGUUUGGCUGGGGGUAGAACUGGCCGGCGGAUUUUGAGACUUGUUGACAAAAUUGCUAAAUCCAAAUACUUCCAGAAGGCUACAGAAAAUGAGUACAUCAAAAAGAAGAUUGAGGAGAUGUCAAACACACCUCUGUUGCUCACUGUUGAGGUUAAAGAACUUUCUGGAGAACUUGCUGUCAACAUUCCACCUCCCCCUACGGAUAGAAUCUGGUACAGUUUCUGUGUGCCUCCAAAGCUUGACCUGCGAGUUCAGCCCAAAUUGGGGGAACGGGAAGUGACCUUCUGCCAUGUCACUGAAUGGAUUGAGAAAAAACUUCAAGAUGAGUUUCAGAAAGUGUUUGUGAUGCCGAACAUGGAUGACAUAUACCUCCCUUUAAUGCACUCAGCGUUGGAGAGCCAACCAGCGCCUCAACAUUCUCCGACACAGCCAUCUCACUCUUCUGCUCUGGGCUCCAGUGAGACCUGCGUGCUGAACCAUUCUUUCCCCUUAGAGUAGUGCAUCUCUGUGGCCAAUUAUGACAAUAUGCCAUCACCACUGUUCAUUUGGUAGGUUUAUUCAGUUAUAAAAAAUAAAUUAUAUAAAAUCAGUAGUGCAGUUUAAAUAUGUUUACAUUUACUGUUUAGAUUAUUAUAAACUCACUGCAAGCAGAACAUGGGUUCACUGUUUAAUGUGCUUCUUAUAUGCACAUACUACAUACUGUGAAGUUUUUGUUUUUAGAUUUGUUUUGGUUCUAGAUGUGAUCUCUCUCUACCAGUACUGAAGAGUGCACUGUGAAAUAAAUUGAUUAUAAAAGUACUCAAGUUGAUUUACAUGCAAUGACAUUAAUUA